UUGAGAGGGGACGCGUUACUCGUACAGUUGUACACUUUAGGUUUAUUCUCACGAUGUAGGGUGGCAUGCCACGCGGCACACACUAUCGUGUCGACCACGUAAUCGAUGGGCACUACGUCCAAUCUUGCGUCUUUGUUACAUAUCAUGGCUCUUAAUAUACCUUUGCCGAUUUGUAGGAAGAUACCUGCAUUGUUCAUCCAACCUGGACAUGGUUCUUCUAACGAAACACCAAUUAUACUUGGUCGCACUAUCGCAACUGCUAAAUUAUCACAAUUGCUGGACAAAACCUGUUCUGCUAAAUUUUUGGUAAACGUGUAGGUAUUUGGAUAAAUUUUCAGAAUUCUUUUUUCCAAUAGAUCGAUCAAUAUUUUGUCCUCGCUUUCACAUUCUUUAAUCACCGCAGAAGGUGUCAAACUUGUGCUGCAAAAUUAGUAGCAUGUGAACAUAUUUAA